AUGCCAUCGCUUGAUCAGUUCAGUCGGCAGCAACAAGAUCGAGCGGGGGAAAUUGUUGGUAAUCUUGAAUUAUUAGCAAAAAUUGGACAAUUACUUGAACUUGAUGAUAAUGAGAAUGUUCAAUGUGACAUGUAUUUACCUAAAUUGAGAAAAUUAUUCCGUUUAAAACAUUCCUAUCAACAUCGUGUGAAUAAAAUUCAAAUGUUAUUACCGACAAUUCAACAAAAUUAUAUCGACAUGUCUAGUUUAUGGCAAUUGUUUGUUACUAAUCAUCAACGUAUAGUCACUAGUCAACACGAGAAAAUUGAUGAUUUAGAUUCAGAAAAUUUAACAUGUGAAGUGGAGUUAAAAUAUGUGACGGAGAAAUUAGCUGCAUUUGAUUUACAAUCAAUUCCAUCGAUCACUCAUAGCGACCUUGUCGAUUUUCAAAAGCAUAUUGAAAAUUUAAAAUGUGAAUGUGAUUUAUUGCAAGAACAUGUCGCUUAUUGGAUGCCGUGUCAAUAUCCUACAAUUGAAAGUUUAACAGAAAAACUUGAUCAAGUUAAAACCGAAUUAACAACGGUGGAAGAUGAAAUUCGGUUAAUUGUCAGCGAUGGGUUUGAUCUUGAUAAAAGUGUUUGA